CUUUCCUAUCCUGCAGAUUCUCUAGACCAAGCAAUAUACACAUAAUAAAAUGAGAAAGUAUCUUUGGAUUGAAAUCUUCUUUAUUUAGAAAGAUUUUAUAGCUAUUUUACCUUAAACCUUUAUAUGUAUUUUUCUUUUAAAACCUUUCUAUAAUUUGUUGUAACUCUCUGUGGACUAGACCGACCCAUAAUAUCAAAGUUAGAAACUCUAUAUAACAAUAUACCCAUCUGGUCCCUAAAACACACACAAAUCCUCUCCUCCUCAUUUUUUCAUCACCAUGGGAAGAAGAAAAGUUACACACCAAUUGAUUUCUGACAAGUCGACUCGCCGAGUCACGUUCAGAAAACGCAAAGAAGGCAUACUCAAGAAGAUCAAUGAACUAACCAUUCUUUGCGGUCUACGCGCUUGCGCCAUCAUCUACAGCGAUUACAAGGAUGGCCCUGAGGUUUGGCCAAACCGUAGAGAGGUACGUGUUCUUCUAAACCGUUUUAGCGCACUCCCCAAGGAGAAGCAGACCAAAUACAUGAUGGAUCAGAAGGAUCUCAUGACCAGGAUGAUCCAAGACGCAAAGAAGAAGUUGGAGAAAGAGAAGAUGCAUAGCCGUGCGAUGGAACUUGGGACGAUUGCUGCGUUUAAUGAUUUACAUGAUGCUGAUCAUUCGGAGGAUCUGAUCAAAGCAGCCGAUGUGGUUGAGAAGAGGAUCAAUGUGAUCAGAGAGAGGAUCAAGGCUUUGGAAUCAAGAGUAGACUAGGCUUUCAAAAAUUUCUUAUCUUUUCAUGGAUUUUUAAUAGUUUACAAAUAAAAAAAGAUGCUUAAGAUAAAAUUAUGUUGUAUGAUUUGUUUUAAAAGUCUCAAGAGAAUGAUAUGGUUCAUAUGAAUAA